UUUAAAUCCACUCACUCAUCACAUAUAUUCUUCUUUGUUAUACACACCAUCCCACUUCAACUCUUUGGAACAACUCAGAGAUGCAGCCCACUGCAGAGGCUAAUCAGCGCAUUGCAAGGCUCUCAGCUCACCUCCACCCUUCAGUUCGCCAGAUGGAGGAGAGUUCGGUUUUGAGGCGGGCGAAUUGCAGAGCGAAAGGUGGAGCUCCAGGAUUCAAAGUAGCUAUACUGGGUGCUGCAGGAGGCAUUGGGCAGCCACUUGCAAUGCUGAUGAAGAUGAAUCCACUUGUGUCAGUUCUCCAUCUCUAUGAUGUUGUCAAUGCCCCUGGUGUCACUGCUGAUAUCAGUCAUAUGGACACUGGUGCUGUGGUGAGGGGCUUCUUAGGGCAACCACAGCUUGAGAGUGCUCUUACAGGCAUGGACCUGGUCAUUAUUCCUGCUGGUGUUCCAAGAAAGCCAGGAAUGACAAGGGAUGAUCUUUUCAACAUCAAUGCUGGCAUUGUCAGGACUCUUUGUGAAGGGAUUGCAAAGUGCUGCCCCAAUGCGAUUGUCAACUUGAUCAGUAACCCAGUGAACUCCACAGUUCCUAUUGCAGCUGAGGUUUUCAAGAAAGCCGGCACUUAUGAUCCAAAGCGACUCCUGGGAGUCACAAUGCUUGAUGUUGUGAGGGCCAACACCUUUGUGGCUGAGGUUUUGGGACUUGAUCCUAGGGAAGUUGAUGUCCCAGUUGUUGGAGGUCAUUCUGGGGUGACAAUUUUGCCUCUUCUAUCACAGGUUAAGCCUCCUUGUUCCUUCACCCCAGAAGAAACUCAGUACCUGACAAAUCGCAUUCAGAAUGGAGGAACAGAAGUUGUUGAGGCAAAAGCUGGGGCUGGCUCUGCAACACUGUCCAUGGCAUAUGCAGCAGUUAAAUUUGCAGAUGCAUGCCUUAGGGGCCUGAGAGGAGAUGCUGGGGUUGUGGAAUGCACUUUUGUAGCUUCUCAGGUGACAGAACUUCCAUUCUUUGCAACCAAGGUGCGACUAGGCCGCAGUGGAGCAGAGGAGAUCUACCAACUUGGACCUCUGAAUGAGUAUGAGAGGGUUGGGUUGGAGAAAGCAAAGAAGGAGCUGGCCGGGAGCAUUGCAAAGGGAAUUUCCUUUAUCAGGAAAUGAAUACUGUAUGUGGUAUCUCAUUAACCUCUCCCAUAGUUGGCUUUUGUAUCAACUCCUUUUUUUUUUCAAAAUUAUCAGUCUCUUGUUGUAUAUGAAAAUGGAUGGAAUCGAAACUUUCCAGCAUGCAAUGCCAGCUGAUACCAUAUUUUGCAUGAAAUUGUUCACAGGACUCA